GUGAAGACUGUGACUCUAACUAUGUGAUUUUUUUCAUUUUUCUUUCCAGCCACUAUACCUGCCUUGAGUCUUUGAGAACAUUAUAAUGUCCUUUCGUGCCUCUUCACACAAGGAGUUUUCUCAGUUAUUACCUGUUCAAGAUAUGGAUAUCAAAAACUCACCGUCCAGCCUUAACUCUCCUGUCUCCUACAACUGCAGUCAGUCUGUCCUACCCCUGGAGCAUGGCCCCAUAUAUAUCCCUUCCUCCUAUGUAGAAAGCCACCAUGAAUAUUCGGCCAUGACAUUCUAUAGCCCCACUGUGAUGAAUUACAGUAUCCCCAGCAGUGCCAAUAACUCGGAAGGUGGGCCUGGUCGACAGGCCACAAGCCCAAAUGUGUUGUGGCCAACUCCUGGGCACCUCUCUCCUUUGGCGAUCCAUUGCCAGUCGUCACUUCUGUACGCAGAACCUCAAAAGAGUCCGUGGUGUGAAGCAAGAUCACUAGAACACGCCUUACCUAUAAACAGAGAGACACUGAAAAGGAAAGUUAGCGGGAGCAGUUGCACCAGCCCUGUUACCAGUCCAAGCUCAAAGAGAGAUGCUCACUUCUGUGCGGUCUGCAGCGAUUAUGCUUCGGGAUAUCACUACGGAGUCUGGUCGUGUGAAGGAUGUAAGGCCUUUUUUAAAAGAAGCAUUCAAGGACAUAAUGAUUAUAUUUGCCCAGCCACAAAUCAGUGUACGAUAGAUAAGAACCGGCGCAAAAGCUGCCAGGCCUGCCGACUUCGGAAGUGCUAUGAAGUUGGAAUGGUGAAGUGUGGCUCUCGGAGAGAAAAGUGUGGGUACCGUGUAGUCCGAAGGCAGAGAAACCCCAAAGAACAGCUGCAUUGCCUGAGCAAAGCAAAGAAAAAUGAUGGAAAUGCGACCCGAGGGAAAGAGCUACUGCUGAACGCCCUGAGCCCGGAGCAGCUGGUGCUCACGCUCAUUGAGGCUGAGCCGCCCAAUGUGCUCGUGAGCCGCCCCACCUCACCCUUCACCGAGGCCUCCAUGAUGAUGUCCCUGACCAAGCUGGCCGACAAGGAAUUGGUGCACAUGAUUGGCUGGGCCAAGAAAAUUCCCGGCUUUGUGGAGCUCAGCCUGUACGACCAAGUGAGGCUCUUGGAGAGCUGCUGGAUGGAGGUGUUAAUGGUGGGGCUGAUGUGGCGCUCAAUCGACCAUCCUGGCAAGCUCAUCUUUGCUCCAGACCUCAUUCUGGACAGGGAUGAGGGGAAGUGUGUAGAAGGAAUUUUGGAAAUCUUUGACAUGCUCCUGGCAACGACUUCAAGGUUUCGCGAGUUGAAACUCCAACACAAGGAGUAUCUCUGUGUCAAGGCCAUGAUCCUCCUCAACUCCAGUAUGUACCCUUUAGCUGCAGCAACCCAGGAGGCAGAGAGUAGCCGGAAGCUGACUCACUUACUGAAUGCCGUGACAGAUGCUCUGGUCUGGGUGAUCGCCAAGAGUGGCAUCUCCUCCCAGCAACAGUCCGUUCGCCUGGCUAACCUCCUGAUGCUCCUUUCUCACGUCAGGCAUGCCAGUAACAAAGGCAUGGAACACCUGCUCAGCAUGAAGUGCAAAAACGUGGUCCCAGUCUACGACCUGCUGCUGGAGAUGCUGAAUGCCCACUCGCUUCGGGGGUACAAGCCCUCAGGGUCUGAGUGCAGUCCAGCCGAGGAGAGUAAGAACAAAGGGAGCUGCCAGGCCCCACAGUCUCAGUGAUGCUCAGCCCUGCAGUGAACAUACCCACACUGGAGGUCAAAGGCUGACCGAACUAUGGGUGCAGUGUGAGCCUGGUAGGCGUUGGUGGGCUUCAUUAUCUUCCUACAGUGUGGUGGCCCCUCAUUACUACAGCAGGCUUGGUCAUGUGCUAUCUUACCCCCACCUCCCUGCCUCCUGGGAGUAGAGAGUCGCGUGAGGAGGCCACAUAGUUACUUGUUAUCAAGUGGCGCAUUGAAAUGCAGAGUUUCUAUCUUGGAUGGCCUCAUAUGAUAUUUUCCGUCACCCUCCCACCCCUUUGGAAAACACCUUCUGAAAGGUUUUGGAAUGAAUGGCGGUAAUCUGACUUGGGAAGGUUCUAAAGCAGAAAAGCAAGAGAAUGUGGCACACUUACAGGAAGUGGACUCCCCUUACUGUGCUACUUAAACCACCCUUAGAAUAGAGCUUUGUACAUGCUCCUUGGGACCACUUGAUUGUAGACUGAAAGCCACAAUGACAAUCAACAACUAGCUUCACAUACCUACCUCACAGGCCUGUGAGGAACAAUGUCAUAUUACUAUGAUUCUGUCAAAGGCCAAAGGAAUUGUUACCUAGGGAGCCCGUGGCCAAGCUGGGACAUUCUUCCCCCAGACCUUGAUGCCUUCUUAACACAGAUUCCUCCCUCUUGGUUUGCAUUCAUAGAACCUGCUGGCAAGUUGGGGGAGGCAUCACUUCCGUCCGUGGAGGAAUGUAGUGGAUUUAAAUUACCCGGUUACUGCAAUUGCUCUUCCUUAAAGCUCUGUUGUCCCAAGGGGCCCAGCAUGGAGAAAGGCCUACGAUUUGCAGGAAUGGGGUUCUCUGGUCAGUGCAGGUAGCAGCAGAGGUAGCGGGCACUACCAUCAUGUCAGCCAUCAGAGGAGACAGGGACCCUUCUGACCUGCAAGGAGUGCUGUUCUACCGAGGGAAUAGCUAUGCGCACUCCAGGUGUCGGCUUACUGACCAAAUUGUAUAGAUUUGAUGAGCACAGCACCUAAACAAGACCUGGUUUGUAAACUCGACUUAAAAAUAGAAUAUUUAGGGGUCAUGAUUUAUAGUAAGAAAGAAUUCUUUUACACCCUAGUGCUAUAUUUAAAAUAUUUUCUUAUCUGAACAUUUAUAUGGUGGGUUGGGUGAAAUAGAAACUUAGCAAAAUAGUUCUUAUUCCAAGUGGAAGAUAGAUAGGACAUGAUGGUCGUCUCUUGCUGUCGAGUCGCUUCAGACUCCUAAGCACCUCUGAAAUUAUAAUUUUAACUUGCUUUUUAAAAAUGAAAAAUUUCAUACAAAUUUUCAGGAACAUAAUGUAUGCACAAAAUGAGUUAACAUCUUUACUUUGGAAAUGAGCAAUUAAGUAAUCAUGUUUGCUUUUUCGUGGUAAUGUUUUUAAAAAAUUACCUUGUGAUAAUGAGAUUAAAUACAUUUUCUUUCUAAAACUAGGUUUACUUUGCCAGCAAAUUCUAUUUUGAAACAAAAUAUUUUUAUUUAAUAAAAUUUGACACAUUUCUUUAAGCUGCUAAAAAUCUUAAAAAUAUGUAUAUGUAAAGAUUAUGUAAAGGAAGUAAUAAAAACCACUUACCAUUUAGUACCUAAAAAUAUGUAUGGAACACUUACUGUGAGCCAGAUCCAGCUCUCAGUGCCUUGCGCGUUCAUAUUUAAUCUUCACAGUAAUUACUGUUAGCCUGAUUUUUCAGCUGUGGAAACUUACUGAGAAUGCAGAAGCAAACUUGCUCAGGGUCACAUAGAGAGCGAAGUGUUAGUUGAACACAGACCAAUUUUAGUGCAGAGACUGACCGUGCAGCAGUUGGACUAAUUAAAAAAAAAUUUUUUUUUUUUUAAAGAAAAAGUAUUUUUAAACUGCCCGAUCCAUUCAUCAAAUGCAAUCUGACAUGUAUGGCCGCUCUGGUUCAGUGGCGUUGGGGGUCCACUCUGGGCAUUCCCCUCCGAAUUUCCAGAGCACCCCUGCAGACAUAGUAACAGUUUGCAAACCUCUGACAUAGAAGUUCAAGCCCAUCAUUUAUAAACAUGUAAAUUAAAAGCCCAAAGUGUUAAGCUGACCUGCUCAAGAUCCUAACACUCCUUACGGCAAAGCUUGGGCCAGGACUCACAUGUUCUGCCUGCCCAGCCAGGACUAGCUUGAUUCCACUUCUUGAGCUCAAUGGCAGUGUAAUGGAGAGAUGGUUGUCUUUGCCUCUUGCUGCACCUUUCGAUUCUAUCUGCUCAGCUUAGAUAGGGUAGGAACCUUUACAGGACAGUAGAGAUGACAGGUGGAAAAAUAAUUGUAUUGUUCUGUCCUCCCCUCCUAGGCUCCUAAGCUAGUGGGCACAGCUGGCACCUUCUAUCUGCUAUUGCUUUUCCCAAACACAUUUUAGUGGCGUGUAUUCCUUGGGAUUUUUUUUUUUUUUUUUUUUAUUCCUUGGGAGUUUACCCAUGUAAAAUUCUCACAUCUUUUAGGCCCUUGAUACUUUCCUAUGGAGUUGGGUAUACUUCUGUGUGAAAACACACGCCGUUUAUUCUUCAUAGCUCUCAAAGUUGCUGAAAUGUUGGCCCUAAUGGCAGCUCUGUGACAUGCUUUGUUUCUGCAAUAGGUGAUCUUCUCUUUACUCUGUGUUACUUUGGACUCAAGCCUCUGUUCUGUGUGUGCAGUCCCAAGGAUCCUAUUCACAUCGCGCUCACACUGUUUUGUGAUUGUGAGUUUCCUCUGUGGGCAGGACAGGGGUCUGAGAUGUUAGCCGGGAACAGCUCCUGGUAACUGUACAGUCACGCUGGCGCAUGUUUCUGUGUGGGUGUCUAAAUGCCAUGACUAUUAGUCCUGUGUACCUCAGAGUCCGCUGGCUGGCUAUGAUUUGUCAUUUUUUUUCCAGGUGAAUGCUUUAUACCAUUAAACCGAUUUCUUGAUGACCGUCACAGGCUUUUAAAUUUGGACCUUUUUAGAAAUGAAAGAUUAUUGUUGUGUGAAAGCAGACUGAGUCCUGCUUUCCAUUCCUCCAGGUGGUACGUUUUCCUUGCUGUGUCUCUUUACUGUUUAUAGUACGGUUGCAGAACGAAGUUUAACAUGACAUAAGCUGAAUAAAGUGUUUUUCAUAAUUUUGGUUUUGAAAAUGUAUUUGUUGGGAGCUGAGUAUAAGAACUUUUAGUAGUUAGGCUAAAUAGUCAGUGUCCACAUUCUAGUCUGAAUUCUAUCACAUUUCAUUGAUGAAAGCCCAGGAAAAGACACAUAAACACAAAUCGUUGCAUACUAUUUCAGCUGAGUUCAGAACCUCCGAUUUAGUAAUCUAAGG